UGACGUAAACCAUCCACCACAUCACCGGAACCAUAAGGACCUGGAUCGAGACCGUAUCGUCUCCUCUUGAAGGACAUACAGGAUGGAAAUCUAGCGUUGGAGAAAGACUGGGAUCGUGCGUCCUGAUGAUGCUCGGACUCCAAUUCAUGCCAACAUUUGCAAUGCGUUUUAAAUGGAGACUUAUGACAAGAGAUGCUGCAGGGUGCCGCAUGAUGAUGAUAGGAUAGAGUAGAGCUUAUAGUGGUCGUAUUUUUGAUGUUUUCGGUGUGGAAUGGGAUAACUGAAUGGAUUUUGUGGUCGAUUUAAUGAACAAACGUCACCAGAUUGAUCAUAUACACACACGCGCGAUGUCAGCCAGCUUAAGCCAUACAUACAAUUGAUGGGUGAAUGUAUGUGAAUUAUGUUGCAGUAAUAACUCACAAUACAGGUACAAGUCACAAGGACUUAUUUAACAGUGUCAUAGCUUAUACUCAGGACCAUCUCCAAAGUCAGGUUUUGAUUUGAAAGCACUGCAGUGUGAGGGCUCUUUAUGGUUGGCAUUUUUCAUUAUCAAUUAUAAUAUACAUAGAACAUAGUACAGGACAGGACAGUAUAUAUAGCCUUGAUCCAGUGAAGGACAAUGACUCAUUUACAAGCAGGCCUCUCUCCAGAAACCCUGGAGAAAGCCAAGGUGGAGCUAAAGGAGAACCCCGACACUUUGCACCAGGACAUCCAGGAGGUGAGGGACAUGAUCAUCACCCGUCCAGACAUUGGCUUUCUCAGGACAGACGACGCAUUCAUCCUGCGCUUUCUCAGAGCACGGAAAUUUAACCAUUUCGAGGCCUUCCGCCUCCUGGCCCAGUACUUUGAGUAUCGCCAACAGAACCUGGAUAUGUUCAAGAACUUGAAAGCCACCGAUCCGGGCAUUAAACAGGCUCUGAAGGAUGGAUUUCCCGGGGUUCUGUCGAAUUUGGAUAGAUACGGGAGGAAGAUACUGGUUCUAUUCGCAGCGAACUGGGAUCAGAGCAGGUACACUUUUGUGGAUAUUCUGCGAGCUAUCUUACUUUCUCUGGAGGCAAUGAUAGAAGACCCUGAGCUACAAGUUAACGGAUUUGUCUUGAUCAUUGACUGGAGUAACUUCACUUUCAAGCAAGCUUCCAAGCUAACUCCAAGCAUGUUGAGAUUGGCUAUUGAGGGCCUGCAGGAUAGCUUCCCAGCCAGGUUUGGAGGGAUUCAUUUUGUCAACCAACCUUGGUACAUCCACGCUCUGUACACAGUCAUCCGACCUUUCCUGAAGGACAAAACAAGAAAAAGGAUCUUCAUGCAUGGAAACAAUCUGAACAGCUUGCACCAGCUGAUCUUGCCCGAGAUUUUGCCAUCUGAGCUGGGUGGCAUGCUGCCUCCUUACGACAUGGGCACCUGGGCCAGGACUUUGCUUGAUCACGCAUAUGACGAGGAGACGGACUACUGCCCCGAAUCUUACACCUUAUCUGUCAAAGACCUGGAGAAAGAUCUGUCCCCUAAAACCAUGAAGAGGUCCCAGUCGGUCGUUGAACCUGGUGUCCUGAAACGACCAGAAAAAGUUAAAAGUGAAGAAGAGAACAUGCAGCCGCUCCUUUCACUGGACUAAAGGCUCUUAAUUCCCCAGGCAACGAGGAAUCGUCAAGCCCGUACACUGAGGAG